AUGGCGGAGUCGCUGAGCGGUGUACAGUUGAGCACGACAUACAGAGGGGCUGCCAUACUCAGCUAUUUAGGGGAGCAAGUCCCUCUAAUUUACUGUCUGGAGACAGAGCCACAACAAGGGGAGGAGGAGCAAAAGGUUGAGCAACGUCUCCUGUAUCCUCUGGAGUGCUUCCUUUUUGGAGAGGACCCUUGUGUCGGCCUGGAGAAGCUACAGCAAUACAACAGCAGCUCAUCAGCUCAGCAAUGUGGACGUGUCUUUAAAGAGGGCGAGACCGUCUACUCCUGCAGGGAUUGUGCAAUAGAUCCCACCUGUGUGCUCUGCAUAGAAUGCUUCCAGAAGAGUGUGCACAAAAGUCAUCGCUACAAGAUGCAUGCCUCUGCAGGAGGAGGUUUCUGCGACUGUGGAGAUUUGGAGGCUUGGAAGAGCGGACCCUGCUGCUCCCAACACGACCCUGGCACUUCAGUUACUAUGGAAACGGUACAGUUUAUUUUCUCUUAUCGAUGCUAA